AUGAGGACAGACCUGCAGGACACAGUGUUUCUGAUGGUGCAGGCUUUCGGCCAACAGUCAGUGGAGACGACCAUGGAGGUCUUAAAGAAGAUGGAGAGGACUGAUCUGGCUCAGAGGCUGUCAGACUGCAGCUCACUGCCUCGAAAGAAACACUCUGUGGAUGAACGACGCUCUGCACUGAUCCACAAAACUGGCGACCUGUCCAGGGUGUACCCUGCCACUCUCCCUAAGACAGUUGAGAUGGGCUGCAGCGCCUCCCGCGACCCUGAAAAGGAUAAGCGGAAGCGAAUGGAUGGAGGAGUUGAUUGUAAAUGUCUUUCCUCCUCAGAGAAACACUCUGUGGAUGAACAUGGAGCUGCACUGUUGAAGAGAAUAGGAGCUCUGGAAGCUGUUAGACAGAUUCUCUUGGAAACACUGAAUGAAUUCAGUCAAAAGGAUCUAAAGAAAUUCAAGCAGUUGCUGCCGUUCACCUGCUUUAAGAUGGGCCUGCCACAAAUACAGAUGAAUACAAACAGAACAGAAGAGCUUGUGGAUCUGAUGGUGGAUGAACUUGGUCAUCAGUCUGUGGAAGUGACCAUGGAGGUUUUAACAGACAUGAAGAGACCUGAUCUGAUGCUGAAGCUGUCAGAGAGCAGCUCAGGACGAAAAACUGAAAGAAGUUCAGAGCUUGAAGGUUGUCAGAGCAUGACGGACUCCAGUGAUUGGACUAAACUUGAACCUGAGGUGAACAGUACAGAUGCAGACGAGGCUCCAACUUACAGCCUUCAGUCUGCAGCAGGACACUUUGAAUGCAGAGUCUCGGGCUUGCGCUGGGUCUGUAAGGGAAAGACCAGCUUUCAGUACCAGUUUAGAUCUUGGGAGGGACACAUGGAGAGGAUGGAGAGCAGACAAUACAUGCCUGCAGGUCCUCUGAUGGACGUCACAGUCACUGCUGGGAAGUUAAAUGAAGUUCACCUGCCACACUGGAUCUGCAUCGAUGACGUCCCUGACAUAUUGGACAUGUUUGCAGUCGUUCACAUAGAUGACUGUGGAGAUGUUGUGGAAAAAGUGUCUGAGGUCACACCAACACAUGUCAAGUUAACUGAACCAAAUUUCUCGAUAAUAGGGGCUCUGAUACGUUUCAUAUUUCCUCCAAAAAUCAGCUGUUACAUGUUGAUGUACUAUAAACUCAACACAUCUUUCCUCAAACUCCACGUCUACCUGAUACGACAGGAUCCUGCUCUGGAACAGAGAUUUGACGACAGAGAAUCCUGUGAGGGAUUUAAAAGAAUCAGAAAGCAUCAUCCAGACAAGUACCUGCAAACUGAGCGUCUGUUCAGUCUCAGAGCCGACAACGCAAGUACAAAGAUCCAACCGCAGGCGUUAACCCUCAGAUACAAUAACCAAAACCUCUAUGAGGUGUACAUUAAGAAUCCAGGCAGUGAACUCGUACUUGCACUCCUGCACACUGAACCACUUGUUGGUGAACCUGAUGACCCACUGUGGAUCUGUGAAAUUCGAAAAGAAGAUGACCAUCCAGAGUCUGGUUAUGUCAAAGAGAAACACUCUGUGGAUGAAGAUCUCUCUGCACAGAUGCAGAAAGCAUUAACAGUCCAAUCAGACAGAGAGAAGCUUUUGGGAAUGUUGAAAGAUCUGAAAAAGGACGAGCUUGAAAAGUUCAAGUGGUUCCUGCGAGACCGUGAUGUUUUGGUGGAGCUCCAACCCAUCCCAGAGAGCCGACUGGAGAAGACCAGCACCUGUAACCUGGUGGAUCUGAUGUUGCAGACCUACACAGAAAAGUCUGUGGAGGUGACCAAGAAGGUUUUGAAGAAAAUCACGUCAAGUCUACAAAAAGAAAACCACUUUGUGGAUAAACACAGAGUGGAGCUGAUCCAGAGAGUGAGCAACAUCGAGCCGAUUCUGGACGAGCUCCUGAAAGGAAAAGUUAUCCAGCAGGAAAGUUAUGACAGAAUCAGAGCUCUGCAGACUUCUCAGGAAAAGAUGAGGGAACUCUACAGCGGUCCCCUGAAAGCUGGCAGUGCCUCCAAAGAUGUCUUCUACCAAAUCCUUCAGACACACGAGAGACUCCUUGUUAACGACCUCUGCUGAAAGAACGUUUGCUGAAAUCCAUUUUGUGUUCUACAGUUAAAGUAUUUACAAAAGGGAAAUGCUGACAUUAUGUCUCUGUGUUUCUGAUAUAAACAUAAGAAAUAUCAGACUCUUUGUUUUAUGCUUAAAUAUGACAGUGGGCGGAUUUAUAACACUGGUUAUAAUUUGGACCUGGUGACAUCAUACAGGCUACGAAUGUUUACUCUGUUGUUAAUAAUUACAGGUGCUGGUUGCUGUACAUGAAUCCUGAAAACAGGAAAGAAAUGAUGAGACUGGGAGACGAGUCGCAGCUGAGCUUUCAUCCCACUUCACACUUUGGCUUUUGCAUAUUUAAUAUUUUCAAAUCUUCCUCACAAAUUCAAAUAAAAAAAUCAUAAUAUUCG